AAACGAAGAUCAUUGAUCGACUGAAUCGAGCAAAUGCAGUAGGGCGUCAGGUGGUGUGACAGAAGUCAGGUGUUGUGGUGGAAAGUUUUGUUUCCUGUUUGUAACGUAUGUCGUUUGUACAAAUACUUAAGAACAUGGGAUGUUGUUAUAGUUGUAAAGAGGAUAAUUCGGUACAGGGCGGGGAAGCAAACGAAAGGACACAUCUUCUAGUGGAUCCAGUGAGCAAUAGUGCUGCAAUCCAGAGAGUUCAUAGUGACGAAUUCUUAACUCGGUACCCUAACUCUUUGCCCAAGAAGACAGAUGAACAGUCAGCCCUGAACAGAAUACUGCAAGAGACAGCCACGAAUGUGAUUGAUGUUUCUGCCUUGGGUCCACAUGCUCUUGAACAGCACGAGUUCUUGGAACGUGUCAAACUAUAUGCCCAACGAUUGCAGCAAGUGCAGCUUGGUUCAGCAGGCAGUGGACGGCGAGGGGUGGGUGCUGGCAGUAUCCAACAGAUAGCACAACCUAUCUUAGCAGAUGUGCCUGCUCCUGAAAGGUGGCUUGCUGCUCACCCACUUGACGCCAGGGACUUAGCGCUUGUUGUGGGUGUAGCAGAACGUGCAGGAGCAGCUCUGGCUGACUUAAGAGUGGAACAUCGUGAGGACCUUGUAGUGCCUUUUGUAAUCCCUUGAAAAUAGAGGAAGACUGAAAGAAAGGAAGGACAAAAUGGAUGAUCCAGGAUAUGGAAGGAUCUGAUGAAGCCAAUGACUGAUAAAAUUAUAAUCACAUUUUAGCAUUGGCUUGUGACUGAUGUUAUUUCUUUUAUAAUGUUUAUAUUAAUCUCACCAAAGAUAUAUUUUAUUGCAAAAAAAAAAAAUCUAUUGCCAAUGGGAGCAAUGACAGUUGGCGGAGUUCCGUAAUUCACUAAGAA